CGCGAACCACUGCAACGCUGUGAACUACUGCGACGCACAGAGGAGCUACUGUAGAGAGCAGCCAUCAAGCAGUGUUGGGAAAACAACCGUAGAUUCUAGAUGCCACGUUUUUCAGUUGCCAAAGAACAUAUUUGAUUCAAAGUAACAGUGCCCAUUUUUGUAAUAUAUUCGGAUACAAAGUAGCCUCGUUGCGCAAACUUUGAAAGCUGUGGAAAAUAAGGAAGUAAAACGUUAGUUCUUGAUUUGGGAACUGAGAAGAGGAGCAUCAUCAUGUUCAGUUGGGUGAAUAAGGAACAAGGAGGCAGAAACAAGGACGGCGAGAUGUACCAAACUGUGACGGAGGGUCUUCAACAGCUUUACUCCAAAAAAUUAUUUCCAUUGGAAGAAACCUAUCUUUUCCAUGAUUUCCACUCACCUGCGUUGGAGGCAGCGGAUUUUCAGAGCAAGCCAAUGGUUCUACUGGUUGGACAGUAUUCUACGGGGAAGACGACGUUCAUAAGGUACCUGCUGGAGCAGGACUUCCCAGGCAUGCGGAUUGGCCCAGAGCCCACAACAGAUGGCUUCAUCGCUGUCAUGUACGGGGAGAACGAGGGGAUUGUCCCUGGUAACGCUCUGGUGGUCGACCCCAAGAAACCCUUCCGUAAACUCAAUGCUUUUGGAAAUGCUUUCCUCAACAGGUUCAUCUGCUCCCAGAUGCCUAACCAGGUCCUCCAGGGCAUUAGUAUAAUUGACACACCAGGAAUCCUGUCUGGAGAGAAGCAACGCGUUAGCCGAGGCUAUGAUUUCUCUGAGGUGCUGCGAUGGUUCGGAGAGAGGGUGGACCGCAUCAUCCUGCUCUUCGACGCCCACAAACUGGACAUCUCAGACGAGUUCUCUGAGGCCAUCAAGGCCUUCCGUGGCCAGGACGACAAGAUCCGCGUGGUGCUGAACAAGGCUGACCAGGUGGACAGCCAGCAGCUAAUGAGGGUCUACGGAGCUCUGAUGUGGUCGCUUGGGAAAGUCAUCAACACACCCGAGGUGGUGAGGGUCUACCUGGGCUCAUUCUGGGCCAAGCCCCUGCAGAACACAGAGAACCGGAGGCUCUUUGAGGCAGAGGCGCAGGACCUCUUCAAGGACAUCCAGGGCCUGCCCCGGAACGCUGCCUUACGCAAACUCAAUGACCUCAUCAAACGGGCUCGACUUGCUAAGGUGCAUGCCUACAUCAUCAGCUACCUGAAGAAAGAGAUGCCGUCGUUGUUUGGGAAGGAGAAGAAGAAAGAGGAACUGAUCAUGAGACUUCCUGAGAUCUACACCAUACUGCAGAGAGAGCACCACAUCUCCCCUGGAGACUUUCCCAAUGUCGUCAAGAUGCAGGAGCAGCUCCAGCACUAUGACUUCAGCAAGUUCCCCUCCCUGAAGAUGAAGCUGAUUGAGUCCGUCGACAAGAUGUUGGCUAACAAGAUCUCCGGCCUGAUGACCAUGAUCCGCGACGAGGAGAGCAUGGCACCCCCAGCCAUGGUGAGCGGUGGGGCCUUUGAGGGCUCCCAAGACGGUCCCUUCGGCCAGGGCUAUGGAGAGGGCAUCAGCGCCGGGUCUGACUGCGAGGACUGGAUCGUGAGCCGUGACAAACACAAGUACGAUGAGAUUUUCUACUCCAUGAAUCCCAUCAACGGAAAGAUCAGUGGAGUCAACGCCAAGAAGGAGAUGAUGAGCUCCAGUCUGCCCAACACAGUCCUGGGGAAGAUCUGGAAGCUGGCGGACUGUGAUAAAGACGGCAUGCUGGAUGACGAGGAGUUUGCCCUGGCACAGCACCUGAUCAAGGUGAAGCUGGAGGGGUACGAGCUGCCCACCGAGCUACCUCACCACCUGGUGCCUCCCGCCCACAGGAAGAACGAGGUCGCUGACAUCCUCUACAACCAUGACGAGGACUAAAGACGAAGCCAAAAAACACCAAUGGAGAGGACACUUCAACUCUAUUGUGUCCCAAUGCCCAAACUUGUGCACUAUGUAGUAUGGUGUGAUGUAUUGGCAUACUAAGUAGUGUGCUAGUGUGGCUUUUGGGACAUAAGACUAGAUCUUGGAUCAAUGUCUAACAGGAGGAGUCAAAUCUGACUAAAAAACAAGCAGUAAUCCUACUUAAGCUGGAAUUAAAGGCUUUUUUUUUUGCCUUGAGAUUUUUGACUUACUUAAAAAAAUGUUAAAAGGGUUGGUUAACUUUUUCUUAUCAAGUGAUACAGACUCCCUCAGUUGAUUCUUUUUUUUCCUGUUCUUGGUAGUUUCGGGUAUACCAACACAUUUUCUUAAAGAUUUGAAUAAUCAGUUUCUCAGAUAUAUUUUUAGAUGUAUGGCAACUGAGUGUAUAUGGGCCAAGUCUUAUUUUCUACCUUUGUCCAAAGCUUUUAAUUUAAUGAAUGAAGGAUUUAUUCAAAGUAUUGACACCGCACUCAAGUUAAGAUUAGUGGUUACUUGUAUAUUUAUCCAGGACCAGUGUGUACCAUGCUGCCACAUGGUUAAAGUAAUAUUUAAAAUCAAUAUAUUUCAAAAUUGUCUCAUAUGUUUAGUAUGUAGUCAAAAUAUAGAGGAAGAAAAUAUGUGGAAGUGUGUUCCUGAACAAGUACAUGCUUGGAAAGAUUUAUGGGUGGGAGAGGUUGAUGUGAUAGACUGGACAAAGGUUAGAGUGCAUCUCCUCUUGAUUUAACAUUCAAUGACAAUGGAAGUGGCUUGGCCAGUUGACCUACUGGGAAAAACAUUUUUUUUCAGAGAGCGCAAUCUGGUUUUGCAAAAUAACUGCUGUUGCUUCAAUACUAGAUUUUCUGCAAUUGUUAAGAAGAAAAUAUGGGUUAGCCCAAAAAAAUGUUUAUGUUUGUGUGCAUAUGACAGGAGUGUAUUUCUUGAGGACAAUGAUACUCACAACAAGCUUAUGAUUGUGCCUUGUAGAUUUAUUGUCCGUAUAGUAAAAAAAGGCUGCACUGUGUCUUCUUACCUUGCCAGCUUGUAGACUGGAUCUAGAAAAAAUGUAAUUCUUAAAAAUAAUUUCAAACCUUUAACAAUUAUCUGAAUGUAAAAGUUACAAUUUUAUUUUGGAAGUGUGUUGUUUUUGUAACAUUGUUAUUUGAAUAGUUGAACAAUAAGUUCAAUUUGUGUUCCUCUCUCCCACAAAUCAUCCAGGUGGCUUGAUGAUCAUGGGUCAGAGAGAUUUCCGUAUUAGUCAGCCACCACCCUAUGUUUUCAUUAUACACCGCCCAGAACAGAAGUGCUCCAUUCGUACAACACUGUUGCUUUUGGGGGAUGUGCUUGAGUGUAUAUGCCUUCCUGUCAACAUUCAGUCUAAAAUGAAAAAAAUAAAUGCAUUUAAUAGUUAUUGUAUAAUUUCCUCUCUUGGAAGGUGGAGACUUUUUUUGCUCAUUGUAUAAAGUGUUGCAUCAAUUAUAAUGAUGAAUGUUGUGCAGGAGACAUCUCUUUCUCGUUCUAAACCUAAACGGUUAUAUUCUAUUCCCACUUAUGUACAGCCUCAACAUUGUGCAUUACCAUUUGUGAAGAAUCCUACAAUAUAGAUUCCUUUGUAUCAUUCAGGGGAUGUGUAUAUAUUAAAGAAUGUGUAAAAAAA